AGAAAUAGGUUGCGAUUAGAUAAAAGGGAUACGGACCGAGGGUGCUGAAAAGGGGCGAUAUUUCAUUGUUUUAUCGGUUGCUCAGUGCGCGGGUGUGGGGUGUCCCAAUAAAACUCACUUUCGAUUGGCCGACCCGGUUCAGUUGGAUUCCGAGCGGACCACCGCUAAGAGCAGAGGAGUUGGUACAAGUGACCGCGCGACGCCCUUCUGAAAGAUGGUACUUGAAACGCACACGACGACCAGUGACGAGCAGUCGGCCAGCACCGUCACCCCGGUGGCGACGGCGGCCGAGGCCGUGGAUCACAAGCAUAAUGGAACCGUGGCUAACGGAGAAGAAGAACCGCGGAGAACAGUGACACCGGAAGCGGAACAUGCGGCGAGCCCCCAGAAGCAAGCUCAGGAGCCGAGCCCCGCCCAAGAAAGUCCCACCGCCCAGAAUGGCACCACGCCAGAGCUACCGAAGUUCCUUUACACCGCCAUGGCGCAGGUGGCCCAGGAGCAAGGUUUCGGCGAGGGCAAGUAUGCGCUCGAGUUCGACGUCGGCUCCAACAAAGGCGACGGGUUCGUGGGCCAAAUGUUCAAGGCGAUUCUCACCGAGGGCGAUCGGCGGGAGGUGUAUCUGUGCAAGAUUCCGCCCCUGAACGAGGCCCGCCGCCAGCAGUUCCCGGUGUUGUUGAUCUUCGCCCGUGAAACCCUCGCCUACAGCAAGCUACAUCCGCUGAUGUUUGCGUACCAGCGGGAGAAGGGUGUGCGCGAGGAGGACGGGUUCUUCAACGUACCGAAGGCGUACCACACCUACUGCAACGUCGAGGCCGACGAGUCGGUCAUCGUGAUGGAGGAUCUGCGGCUCCAGGACUACCGGAUGUGGGACAAAAUGAAGCCGGUCAAC